CUGUUGCUCUUUUCCCAUCCUUCUCUUUCAAAUGUCUCUUUCCUUCUGCCCCUCCGCUUGGUCCUGUUCUACACACUCCUAUUUGCUUCCCUCAUCACCACCUCGAUCUACCCACCUCUCAAGCCUCGCAUUCCACUAGAUGAAACAGUGAAGUAAAAGAAGAGAGAAGGCCUCCAACUUCAACUCAGGAGAUGGGCCAAGAGGGAGAAGCAACAGCACCAGUGGUAGCUGUAGUAGUAGAAGAAGAAGAAAUAGGGCGAGGAAGAGGAGGAGGAGGAGAAAGGGGCGGGACUGGAGAAGAAAGCUGUGAUUAUUGCGGGGCGGCGAGGGCCCUGCUGUGGUGCCGGGCCGACGCGGCGCGGCUCUGCCUCGCCUGCGACCGCCACGUGCACGCAGCCAACUCCGUGUCGUCCCGCCACUGCCGCGCGCUCCUCUGCGACGCCUGCCGCUCGGAGCCCUCCGCCAUCCACUGCUCCUCAUGCCGGGCUCUCCUCUGCGCCAACUGCGACUUCGACGCCCACGGGCGUGCCGGGCUGCUGCACGACCGCCGACCCGUCGAGGGCUUCUCUGGGUGUCCCUCGGCGGGGAAGCUCGUGUCGGCUCUCGGGGUUGGCGGGGACGAGAAGGAGGUGUUGGAAGGGGAGGCGGAUGACGUCGGUGACUACCUGGUGGAGGACGGGAGUGUGUGGGAGGCGCAGCCGGUGCUUAGGUUCGAGGAUUUUAUAGUGCCUACCACUGCUAGUCAUGGGUUUCAUGCUAUGGGGAUGCCUCCCUUGCCAAAGCAUCGAAAUUCAACUUGUGGGAAACAUAAAGAAGAGAUAAUUCAGCAAAUUCGUGAUCUUAUAAAGCUUGAAAGUGGUACAAAUGAUUAUCAUGAAGUUGUUGCACCAAUAAUGGAAUCCUAUGGUUGGGUUUCAGAACAAAAUAUUCAAAUUGAUUAUCUGGGCCCCGCUUCAAAUAAUUCGUGGAAUGUCGGCCCGGCUUCAAAUAAUUCGUGGAAUGUCACAACUCCUCAUGAGGAUAUUACACUUGAAGGUAACCAGAUUGAUUGUCGUGAAGCUAACACUACAAUUGGCUUGUUAAAUCCUCCUGGAGAAUAUCCCAGAACCUCUUCUGCCGUAAACUUGUCAUCACUGAAUGAGGCUGCUGAAGCGAAUGCAUGUAAAAGUCAUGGCAAUGAUACAAACACAGACCAUGUGGAGUUUGUUCCUCAAGAUGAGAUGCAACAUUUGCCUCUCAAAGGCAUUUAUAAAUUAGCUCGUGCAGACCGCAACUCUGUAAUUUUGCGCUAUCAGGAGAAGAGAAAGACACGAAAAUACAACAAGCUCAUAAGGUAUGAAUCACGAAAGAUUCGAGCUGACAGCAGGCUAAGAAUCAAGGGUCGUUUUGCCAAGACGAAUCCUAGUCAGUAAACAUGGAUGGGUGUUAUGUCCAGAAGAUUCAUUCAUGAUAGCAACUGCACUAUGGGCAUUCGUCUCUUAUCUCUACCAAGACAGUCUAGUGCUAUCGAGCAAAAAAAUGAACACUCAAGUGAUUGUUUGUAUCAUGGCAUGCAUCGUAGUUCUGUGAGUAGUUGAAGUUUAUGUAGCAGUGUUGACUAUAUUCUAAUUAUAUGUUUUGUUGUAAGUACACGAUAAAUUUGUAAGGAAUGAUCAGAUGUUUCUCAAGAGUAAUAACUAUAGAACAUUUCCCUGAA